AUGAUCCAGGGAAUGAAGUGGGUGUUGCAUAUGCUUAUUGAUGAGCUCCCUGGUACGCCUUUGUUGCUCAGAAUGCCGCCUGCAUUGAGUGAGCAGCUACAAAAGCAACUGGCCGAGUUACGGGGAUGGAAUGCAUUUGAAACUGAUCUUGAUGACGGAUCAUUCUUCUUGAAGCACAUGGAUGAUAAAUGCGAUUACAUCCUCGUCGAUAACAAUUAUAAUAUCACAGGGUUUAUUAAUUGCGCUUUCGUGAAGGUAGUGCCAGCAUAUAAAGCGUUUGGACAUUCGCUUUUCACUCUUGGUUUGAAUGACUUGUUAAAUGGGAAAUCCGGACUCUCUUCCCAGGAUAAGGUUAUGGCGGAUGUAUUACGAGAUAGCACUAAUCCUGGUCAUAUGAUGAGUGGUCUAAAUCUUGUGCGUCGUUUCUCUUUUGGUCUUAGUAUGGGCGUGAACCUGUCUUGGGAUGAGGCAAAUGCUUUGUUCAAGGGUAUCGUAUCAACAGCCACUGUGUGGUAUCAGAACCGUACACAUGAAUGGGCCGACAAUUCUAGACUCAAGACCUUGUUGAUUCGCCAGGGUAAUAAUAUGUGCAACCGCACAAACCUCCUCGAUUUGUUCUAUAACCAACUGUACAAGAUCGGAAGUUCGUGGACGAAGCUGUGCAAGGUGCAGGAAGCAUCUAUGUGCACAGUACCUGUCGAGGAAGAAUCAUUCUUUAUAACAUAUACUGAGUGGAACCAGCUAGAUGAUGACGCCUGGGAAAAGGAGAUAAAUAAAGAGGUAUCCGAACUAAUAUCCCAGGUUAACAGCCACGAACUUGACCGACUCGCCACCCAACUCAACAACAAUAUUCCAUGCAAAUUCCAACCUGGCAAACAUAUAAGUGUAGGUGCAACAAUGGGAUGUGCCAAUUACCAUGGCUGGUUGAUAUUUGACAAUGACGAGCGGUGGAUAGUCCGAGUUCCUCGAAGGGGUUUCACCAACGUACCAUCCGAGAUGGUAAAGUAUCUUGUUGAAAGUGAAUAUGCCACACUCAAAUUCUUGGAACCUGUGAACGUUUCAAUCUCAAAGGUGUAUGGAUACAGACUUGUCUCUGAUCCUUCAAACCGUGUGGGCGUUUGUUAUAUCAUGAUGCAAGCUCUACCCGGACAACCAUACUACGCCCAUGAAGCAUCACCCGAUCCGAAAAGGCGUGUCAUUGAACAAGGUGCCGAUUAUAUGAAUGAGGUCUGCAAGCAUCCCUUACCUCUGGCUGGUUCAUUUAUCAUGAAAGACAAUCAACCUACAAUCUCAGCCGUUGCAAGCAACCGUUUCGUCGCUCUCGGUAUAUACGGACCCUUCACCUCAACUUCAGACUACAUUAUGAGCAUGAGCAUCAUAGAUCAAUACAUGGACCUAUUUGCGGACGGACAGCUUCGCCACAAAUAUGUACUGGAAGCAUUUUUAUUCUAUUACUCCCUGCGCAACAACAAGGACUGUCUGACCACUCCCGAUAUCCCCGGACAGUUGUUCCUUAAAGACGUCGACGAUAAAGGGCACCAUAUACUGGCCGAUGACGAAUAUAAUGUCAUAGGAAUAAUUGACUGGCAAUUCGCACCCAUCGUUCCUGCUGCCGACGCCUUUGGUCCAUCUUAUGUUACUGCGGAUCUUGCGUUUUUGUAUUCAUCUUCAAAUAGUAUCUCGGCCAAUGAUAUAUUGCUUGCAGACGCUCUCAGGAGUUGAGGGUAUGAUAAUCUCGCUGCUUUGGGGUAGUGGUGAGGGAGGUUAUGCGUCGGUAUCAUCAUGGAUUGACUGAUG